AUGGCGUCUCAUCCCUCCGACGAGCCGGAUGUCGAAGUGACCCACGAGCAGCGGAAGCAGCAGCAGCAGCAGCAACUCUUUCUUGGCGCCUCGGACCACGAAGUUACCCACGCGGUCGCGUCUCCGUCUAGCCCUUCGGGUCAGCGCAGCGGAGACUGCGCUGAGGCCGGUGGGGGUCCUGGUCGAGGCGCCGCACGCAAGCUCCGAGCGCGACGGGGCGGGCGCAGCCGACCCAAGAGCGAGCUGGCUCUGAGCAAGCAGCGCCGCAGCCGGCGCAAGAAGGCCAACGACCGGGAGCGCAACCGCAUGCACAACCUCAACUCGGCGCUGGACGCGCUGCGCGGCGUCCUGCCCACCUUCCCCGACGACGCCAAGCUCACCAAGAUCGAGACGCUGCGCUUUGCGCACAACUACAUCUGGGCGCUGACGCAGACGCUGCGCAUAGCGGACCGCGGUCUCCACGCGCUGGAACCGCCGGGUGAGGAGCUAGGCUGCUCCGACGGCGACCCGCCGGGGGACUGGGGCUCGCUCUACUCCCCGAUCUCUCAGGCGGAUAGCCUGAGCCCCGUUGGUUCGCUGGAGGAGCGCCCCAGGCUGCAGGCGCCGGCCUCGCCGGCCUGCCUGCGCCCCGGCGCCCUGGUCUUCUCGGACUUCCUGUGA